AUGCUGCAGGGGAAAGCAGCAGAGUCGAAGGUGCAGCCUGAGAACAAGGUGUACAUACACCCCACAAGCAGCAGCAGCUGCUGCUGCAGCAAGUGCUGCAGUAGCAGCAACUGCAGCAGCAGUCGCUGCAGCAGAGACUGCUGCUGCACAGACAACAGCAGCAAUACCCGCAGGCUCAGAAGCACCACCAGCAACAAGAAACGGCUGCACCCUCAUCGCCAGCAGCAGCAGCAGCAGCAAAUGCGGCAGCAGCAGCAGCAGAGGUGA